AUGUUAAUAUUAACCAGAAAAAUGUUGUAUUCUUAACAUCCAUAUUACUACUUUCAAUUUUAUCAGCCUUAAGUAGUAUAUCCAGUCUAUUAUUUAUCAGUCUAAACCUCAAAUCAAUAAGAACCUCAUAUCGAGCAAACCUCGAUUUCAAUUAAUGAUAAUUAGCCAACUAAUAUUCAAUAAUCUAAUCAUGAUACAGAAGAACUAGUAAUCGAAAAGAAUGAUAAGAGUUUAGACAAUAAAAAUGAAACUAAAAAAGAAAACGAAAUCAUAAAAAAGAAAAAGUAAGUAUCAAAAAAUACUAAAACUCAUGAAAUAUUAGACUCAACUAAUUAUCAUAAGAAUUUUACGAAGGCUCUAAUAGCUUAUGCAAUAAGAUAGCAAUUCAUUAUAUAUAAAUUAUUAGGAGAAACAAAAGGAUAAUAAUUUCUUGAAUUGAUGCAUUCUGUCAAAAAUAAACUAUGUAACCUCACCCACAUCUUACAAAUGACCAAAAAUGAUGAAUUCUUAAAGGCUUUUAGAACCUUGGGGUAUUAUUUGUUAAAUUAUAUUUAGAUUUAUUUUCCUUAAAAAAGAGUCAGUUCCUUACAUUUAUAAUUCCAAAAUUCAACAAAAGACAAGUCAUUUAAAGCAUAAAGUCAUCAUCAAGAAAACUCUGUUAAAAAUUUGA